AUGGCGCCACGUCUCCCUGGAGGGCUACUCCAGCUCUCCCAAUCCCUUUGGGACGCCCAAUUGAUCCUGCCCCAUGUCUCCGUACGAAACUUUGGCAUUCGAUCCCUCAAUCCCCCCAAGCCCAGUCGCUUCAACAACCACCCCGACCUGCCCAUCCUCGAAUCCACCUCCACCGCCGCCCUUCUUCGCAAAGCGAACUCGCUCCCCCUUCGAACCGGCGCUAUCGGAAUCAAAAAGGGCAUGACGGCUAUCUUCGACUCUGAGUCCGGCAAGCGCAUCCCCUGCACUGUCCUGCAGCUCGACCGCGUCGAGGUCAUCUCCCACAAGACCCGUCAAAAGCAUGGUUAUUUCGCCGUCCAGGUCGGUGCGGGCUGGAAACACCCUCGCAACGUGAACAACUCGCUGCUCGGUCACUUCUCCGCCAAUGGCAUCUCGCCGAAGCGUCACGUCUUCGAGUUCCGCGUCAAGGAUGAGGCUGGUCUUCUUCCCGUUGGCCAGAGUAUUCAGGCCAAUUGGUUCCAGGAGGGUCAGUAUGUGGAUGCCCGGUCCAACACGAAGGGUAAGGGUUUUGCGGGCGUCAUGAAGCGUCAUGGCUUCCACGGUCAGGACCGGAGUCACGGUGUGAGUUUGACGCAUCGUUCGCUGGGUUCUGCGGGUCCCAGUCAGGGUGGUGGUUCUCGUGUGUACCCCGGCAAGAAGAUGGCCGGAAAUAUGGGUAACACGCAGAAUACCGUUCAGAAUCUUAAGAUUCUGAAGGUGGAUGUUGAGUCUGGAAUUGUGGUUGUGAGCGGUGCUGUCAGUGGUCCCAAGGGCUGUGUUGUUCGGAUCCAGGAUGCCAUCAAGAAGCCAUGGCCCGAGGUUCCCUCGACGGAGACCGCGUCCGAGGCUGCGACUGCUGCUUGA